AUGGAGGAAUAUAUGUAUACAGAAAAUUAUACGCCAGCAGACAAUAUGUUUGAAUUAGAAGAUAAAAAUAAGGAAAAGAAAUUAUCACAUGCUAAGAGGAACAAUUUCUCAUGUGUUUUAUCCACCGUUCUUGCUUUUUUGACAUCCUCUUCUAUUCUUUUGAAAAAUUGUCCAUUAUCUAAUUAUGUAGAAAAGGACAGUGCUGUGAAUCAUCCGGUUCAUUUGGUAGGAAUCGAUAAAGGAGCGCUAGAUAUAGAAGAAGAAUGGAAACAGUACACUUGGCAUAAUUGGAUGAUAAGACUGGAGAAUGAUUUUAAUGAAUUCAAUUCUUCGUUGAAUAAAGAAAAAAUGAAUUGGCUUAAUGAUAGAGAGGGGGAAUUUCAAUAUUGGAUAAAAGAAAUGGAAAGUAAAUGGAGUCAUAAUGAAAAAAAUAUGGAUAUUUCAGAGAAUAUAGCUGGUGCACAGGAACAAUCAUCAACACAGAAUUAUUAUGAAUGGAAAAAUUUAGAUAAAACAAAAAAAAUCCAAAAUAUAGAAAUUGAAUGGGAAAAUUGGAUUAAUAAGCAUGAUUCCAAUUUAAAUGAAUGGAUUUUAAAAGAAUGGAUUUUUUGGAAAAAUUCAAAAAUCAUGUUAUGGUUAUUAAAUGAAUGGAAAAGUGAAGAAGAUGAUUAUUGGGCAAUAUGGGAAAACAAAAAAUUAGCCAAAUGGUUGCAUCCAACAGAGAAAACAAAAUGGCUCAAGUGGAAAGAAAGAAAAAAUAGAGAGUCUACAGAAUGGAUGAAUUGGCUUCAUAUUAAGGAACGUGUAAAUGGCAUUAUUUCCACUUUCACCUUCCAAGAACAGGAAAAAAAAAAAAAAAACAGCAUAUGUAAAUGUAGUAAUAUUAUUAUAACCCGAAUGUGUAAGAACAUUUUAUGCAUGUUCGUUACAUUUCUAUAA